AUGAAUAGCACUGCAAACGAAACUACCGCAGUUUUGCCAGAUUGGGUUUAUUACGAGCAGAUCGUGUACUCGGGUAUUGUGGCUCUAAUUGGAAUACCGGGCAAUAUAUUGAUUAUUCUCGUCUUCACUUAUUCACGAGAAAGAUCUACAACGGACUAUAUGGUGUUUUCAAUGGCUGCAUCCGACCUGCUUGGUUCAUUUGUAUGUACAACGUUUAACCUACUGCGAAACGUACGAGAUAUUUGGUCUCGAAUAGGUACAACCUGGUUGUGCCGACUAAGCGAAUAUUUUGGAAUGCUGACAGCAGCAUCUUCGAUGUGGUUAUUGAGCGCAAUAGCAAUAGACAGGUACAUGAAAACAUGCAGACCUCAUUCCCUUGUCCUGACAGUUUCUAGAGCUAAGUGGAUGUGUGUAAUCAUUUGCGCAGUCGUGUCUACGGUAUCCGGCCCAGCAGCUGUUGCUGUACGUUUUGAUCCCAGCAGUGGUGCUUGUUUAGUUUUUGAGGAAAAUGAAUGGACAAUUGCCUUAAAUACGAUUAUUGUUGGCUGCUGCCUAAGUUUUCUAGUAACCGCUGUUGCCUAUAUACUCGUGGCGUUUGCUUUGUUCAAGAGGCUCAAUGACAAAAUAAGGCGGAAACGUGCUACUAGACAUCCAGCAACGGUGCUGGUUGGUGGAAAAAACAGCAAAUGCAUUAAUAAAAGCUGUGAACAAAAAUCUGGCGACAAAUUAGACUCAAGUGAACCGACAUCUUCCCCGAGAGAUGUGAAUCAAGUAUUCGUGGUCGAGAAAGCACAGGGAAUGUUUGGCUCCAGUGUUAGCAAGCAAUCAAAAUCGGAGUGCAAGACAUAUAAAAAAGCAGGAAUUGAUGAGGUUCUUCGCCAAGAGCACAGGAGAGUUAAUCGCACCACGGUGGUUAUGUUUCUGAUUACAGCAAUUAACAUUUCAACAUUUAUGCUACUAAUGAUUGGCUAUUUUCUAGCCGAGAACGGGGUACCAAAUCCCGGCUUAGCCAUCGGAUAUAUCAUUCAAGCGUCCUAUAUGGCAAAUUAUAUCACAAACCCUCUCCUUUAUAUGACAAUGAGCUCUAAAUUUAGAGAAAACGUGAGAAAAUUCUUUCAGAAACGAUAG